UAAUGUAAAGGUGAUAUAGUUGAGAAACACAAGAUUAGAAGCAAACGUACAAGUGAGUAAAGCCAUCCGUGAAAAGCUAUAGCACGUACAAGUAGUCAAAGCGAGAGAUAACGUCAGUUACACGUCGGAGUUGGAGCCGUACAUCGGCGAGAAGAUAUGCCAGUAACAACAACACAACGGAUGCCAACGGUACCGACACCGACGCUUCACCCACUUGUACUCUUCUCUCUCCCUCUCUAUAUCUAUUUAUCACUUCCCCCAAUUUCUCCACCGUUAACCUAACCCUAACCCUAACCCUAUUAUGGCCGACAAUUCUCCCUCUCCGGCCUCCGCCCAUACUCCCUCCUCCCGUCCCAUCCCCUUCCGUGAAGACUGCUGGUCGGAAGACGCCACCGCCACGCUCGUUGAAGCCUGGGGCACCCGUUACGUCGAACUCAACCGCGGUAACCUCCGUCAGAAGGAUUGGCAGGAGGUUGCCGACGCCGUUAACGCCCGUCACGGCCACACCAAGAAAACCAGACGGACCGACGUUCAGUGUAAGAAUCGGAUCGAUACGUUGAAAAAGAAGUAUAAGGUUGAAAAAGCUAGGGUUUCGGAAUCGAAUGGAUCGGUUGUUAGUAAUUGGAGGUUUUAUUCGCGGUUAGAUACGUUGAUUGGAGCUGCUGGAUCGUCGAAGAAGUCGUCGUCGACGUCGCCGCCGACUGCUGUGCCGUUGCCGUACCGGAAACCGCCGUUGACGGUGAUGAAUUCUCAGUUUCAUCAGCCGCUUGCGAUUCUUCCGCAGAAGCGGCCGCUUCCGGUGGCUGCCGCGGUUGACGAGUCGUAUUUUCGGAGGAAUUAUUCGGCUGUGGCUGCCGCUGCGGCUGCAGCGGAAGAGGAUGGAUCGGAGGAUGAGGAUUCGUUAGCGAGUAGCGAGGAUGAAGGUGCUGGGAGAGGAAAAGGUGUCGGGAACAACGGUGGAGGAGGCGUAGGAGAUGGAGGAGAUACAGGAGGUUCGGACUCAAUGAAGCGGUUGGCGAUGGCGAUUGAGCGGUUUGGAGAGAUAUACGAGAGAGUUGAGGGAGAGAAACAGAAGCAGAUGAUUGAGUUGGAGAAACAAAGGAUGCAGUUUACUAAAGAUUUGGAGGUUCAAAGGAUGCAGCUGUUUAUGGAUACACAAGUUCAGUUGGAGAAGAUUAAGCAGGCGAAAAGAACGGUUUCUGAUGAUGAUGUUUAUAGUUGAGGUUCUCGGUUUUUCAGUUCCAGAAGAAAGAGGUGAUCUUUACAUUUUGAUGAUGUUUGUUUUCGGUCAUUCUGACUUGAUGGCAGUUAUCUAUUUGCAUUCUGGUAUUUAUGCAUGCUGAAAAAGAAGGUAUAUAUGAUAUCUGAAUGAUUUUGAAGAGGAUGGUUUUAACUGUAAGAGUAAAUUUUAAAAUUGGUACCCAGUUAUAUUUUAUUAUUAGAUAAGAAUAUCAAUGCUGUAGUUUACUUUUAUUUAAUAUGAUGGUAGACCCUGUUAAUCUUUCUUGAAGGAAUUUGGUGUCAA